CCGGAGCUGAGCCUUCCCAGGCCCUGCCUAACCUCCUGUCGGCCUGCCUGCCAUCGGGGCUGCAGAACUCCAAUGAGAGGAGAGGUGGGCUCAGGUCUCUGGAGAACCGAGGGCUGAGUCAACGCCACACCUCUGUCCCCAAGGACACUCCCACCCUCCAUGCGGAGCCAAGAUGGGGAACAGAACCGAAGAGGAUUAUAACUUUGUCUUCAAGGUUGUGCUGAUCGGCGAGUCCGGCGUGGGCAAGACCAACCUGCUAUCCCGGUUCACGCGCAAUGAGUUCAGCCACGACAGCCGCACCACCAUCGGGGUGGAGUUCUCCACACGCACGGUCAUGCUGGGCACUGCCGCUGUCAAGGCCCAGAUCUGGGACACGGCUGGCCUGGAGCGCUAUCGAGCCAUCACGUCAGCGUACUAUCGUGGUGCUGUGGGGGCCCUCCUGGUGUUUGACCUAACCAAGCACCAGACUUACGCCGUGGUGGAGCGCUGGCUGAAGGAGCUCUACGACCACGCGGAGGCCACCAUCGUCGUCAUGCUCGUAGGUAACAAGAGUGACCUCAGCCAGGCCCGGGAAGUGCCCACCGAGGAGGCCCGAAUGUUCGCUGAGAACAACGGGCUGCUGUUCCUGGAGACCUCGGCCCUGGACUCCACCAAUGUCGAACUGGCCUUUGAGACUGUCCUCAAAGAGAUCUUUACCAAGGUAUCCAAACAGAGGCAGAACAGCACCCGGACCAAUGCCAUCGCCCUGGGCACGGCCCAGGGUGGACAGGACACAGGCGCCGGGGAGAAGAAGGCCUGUUGCAUCAGCCUCUGACCUUGGUCAACACCAAUGAAUCCUCCUCCUCCUGAUGUCACGCCCGCCGCCCACCGCCCACCGAGCCCCAGGCUCCUCCCUGCCCUGUGGUCCAUCCGGGACGUCAGCGUCCACAUAGCCCCCUGGAGCUCUGAGGUCUUCAGUCCCACCCACCACAGAUCUCUGUCAGUCUGCCCGCAGAUUAGGCCCGACAAUAAAGCUGCGUUUUGUAUUGCU